CCAUACUGCACUUCUAUAAUGGCAUUUGCUACUUUCUGUAGCUUUCUCAGUAGAUUAUUUCAAGGGCUUGAAUCUCCCUUCUUCCAUUUUCUUUCCAUUGGUUAUUUUACAUCCUGGUCAAAAAUAGUUUGGCACUGCAUCCAAAACCAUGUGAAUAUCAAUGGAUUGCUUUAGCGUGCUUCUUUUUUGCUCCUCUUUGUUGCUGAUUAUAAUACCAUCCACAGCAGUUGACUCCAUAAAUACAACUCAAUCAUUUAAAGAUGGGGAUUCCAUUGUUUCAGCUAGUGGAAGCUUUAAACUGGGAUUUUUCAGCUUCGGCAGCUCCAUCAACCGUUACUUGGGUAUAUCGUACAACCAAAUAUCUACCACGACUAUAGUUUGGGUUGCUAACAGAGGAACCCCGCUUAAUGAUUCUUCAGGUGUUUUAAGGAUUACUAGCCAAGGAAUUCUUAUCCUUGCUGAUCAAAGUGGGAGCACAAUAUGGUCUUCCAACUCAUCAAGGUCUGCGAGAAAUCCGAUUGCGCAGCUUUUGGAUUCAGGAAACCUUGUUGUGAAAGAGGAGGGUGAUGGUAACCUGGAAAAUUCCUUGUGGCAGAGUUUUGACUAUCCGGGCGAUACGUUCCUGCCAGAGAUGAAGCUUGGAAGGAAUAAAGUAACAAGUCUGGAUCGGUACGUAUCAUCAUGGAAGUCAGUUGAUGACCCUUCUAGAGGUAAUUAUACUUUCAGACUUGAUCCUGCUGCAUAUUCUGAGUUAAUUAUGAGAGAGGGCUCAAGCGAGAGGUUUCGGUCCGGACCAUGGAAUGGUAUGCGGUUCAGUGGUACUCCUCAACUGAAACCAAAUCCAAUAUACACAUACAGAUUCGUUUAUGAUGGUGAUGAGGAAUACUACACCUAUAAGCUUGUUAACAGCUCAUUUCUUUCAAGGAUGGUGAUAAACCAGAAUGGUGCUAUCCAGCGCUUCACCUGGAUUGAUCGAACGCAAUCUUGGGAACUUUAUCUUUCAGUGCAAACUGAUAAUUGCGAUCGUUAUGCACUUUGUGGUGCAUAUGCCACCUGUAGUAUCAACAACUCCCCUGUAUGUGGUUGUUUGAAAGGAUUUUCUCCAAAUGUUUCUAAAGACUGGGACACAAUGGAUUGGUCAAGUGGUUGUGUUAGAAAGACUCCAUUGAAUUGUUCUGAAGAUGGGUUUCGAAAGUUCUCUGGCGUAAAGUUGCCUGAAACAAGAAAAUCCUGGUUUAACAGGACCAUGAGUCUUGACGAGUGCAGAAGCACAUGCCUGAAGAACUGCUCCUGUACAGCUUAUGCAAAUUUGGACAUCAGCAUUAAUGGAGGGAGUGGAUGCUUGCUCUGGUUAGGUGACCUGGUUGAUAUGAGACAGAUCAAUGAAAAUGGGCAAGAUAUUUAUAUAAGGAUGGCUGCAUCAGAACUAGAAAAAGCUGGUUCCGCAGAGGCCAAAUCCAAAGAGAAAAAACGAACGUGGAGCAUAAUAAUUUCUGUGUUAUCUAUAGCAGUGGCCUUCAGUCUAGCCUUGAUCCUGCUUGUCCGGAGAAAGAAGAUGCUGAAAAACAGAAAAAAGAAAGAUAUUCUGGAACCAAGUCAAAAUAACCAGGGCGAGGAGGAAGAUCUAAAAUUGCCCUUGUUUGAUUUAAGUACGAUGUCUCGUGCCACCAACGACUUUUCUCCGGCCAAUAUACUCGGAGAAGGUGGUUUUGGAACUGUCUAUCAGGGAAAGCUAAACGAUGGACAAGAAAUAGCUGUGAAGAGGCUUUCAAAGACUUCAAAACAAGGACUCGAUGAAUUCAAAAACGAAGUCUUGCAUAUUGUGAAACUUCAGCAUCGAAAUCUAGUGAAGCUUCUAGGUUGCUGCAUUGAAGGUGAUGAAACGAUGCUGAUCUAUGAGAUGAUGCCCAACAAAAGCUUGGACUUCUUUAUCUUCGAUAAAACAAGGGACAAGGUACUAGACUGGCCUCAACGCUUCCACAUUAUCAAUGGGAUUGCUCGGGGACUCCUUUAUCUUCACCAAGAUUCGAGACUAAGAAUAAUUCACAGAGAUCUGAAAGCCAGCAACAUUUUAUUAGAUCAUGAAAUGAACCCAAAAAUUUCUGAUUUUGGCCUGGCUAGAAGUGUCGGAGGAAACGAAACUGAAGCCAAUACAAAUAAGGUGGUGGGAACAUAUGGCUACAUAGCACCAGAGUAUGCAAUUGAUGGACUCUACUCUGUGAAAUCAGAUGUCUUCAGCUUUGGUGUAAUGGUGCUAGAGAUAGUGAGUGGCAAGAGAAAUAAAGGAUUUUGUCAUCCAGACCACAAGCAGAACCUUCUCGGACAUGCAUGGAGACUAUUUACAGAAGGCAGGUCCUCAGAGCUUAUUUCAGAAUCAAUUGUAGAAUCAUGCAAUUUCUAUGAAGUACUGCGUUCGAUACAUAUAGGUCUAUUAUGUGUGCAACGCAGUCCGAGAGAUAGGCCAAGCAUGUCAACAGUGGUUAUGAUGUUGGGCAGUGAAAGUGAAUUGCCUCAGCCGAAAGAACCUGGUUUUUUUACCACAAGGGACGUUGGUAAAGCAACUUCUUCAUCAACUCAGAGCAAGGUUUCAGCAAAUGAAGUCACCAUGACACAACUAGAAGCAAGAUAGUUCACUCUUUUGUAAUGGUAGUUUUUCUGCUUUUCAUACCUGGGACUUAAUCUGUUAUAGAAACUACUCCAUGGUUUUCUGUCUUUUGUUCUCUCAUUCAGAAAUUAUUUAGUUAUAUUAUCAUUUGUAUAGGCA